CUGUGCGGUGUUGAGCGCCUACAGAACUUCACUGCACAUUGUACUGCUUGCUGCACUGUGAAUUAACUGAGUUUUUGUUGACUGAUGUGAUUAUUAUUUAUUUUUUUUGGCAUUAACAUAACGAAUAAGGUCAUUUCCAGAAUUUUGUCACAGCAGUGUGUCCGCUCAGUAAUGGGGUUUGUUUCAUUUUCAUGUGUCUUCUUGUGUCGCAAUCACCACCGGGGUUUCCAAACACACUGUGACCUGCUGCUUUCCUGCUGACUCGGAAUGUGACGUGCGUGAUUUACCAUGACAACCGAAUCAGGCGCAGACUCAGAGGCCAAGCAGCCGCAGGAGAACAAGGAGACGGAGAAGGGGAAAGCGAAAGCAGCCGAACCCACCUCGCCGCAGAACCAACCGGAGCAGCUUCCCGCCGCCGCCGGACACAGCACCCCAGCCAGGAAAGAACAGGAGCAGCAGGAGGAGGACCAGGUAUCGCACAGGUCAUCCACCAGUCGUCUGUCCAGGUCUCCUUUGAGAGGAGUGAAGAAGGUGAAGAUGAUGCAGUGUAAAGUCGCCCUGCUAGACGGCUCCGACUACACAAUCAAUGUGGAGAAACGGGCCAAGGGCCAAGUGCUUUUUGAUAAAGUGUGUGAACACCUCAAUCUACUGGAGAGGGACUACUUUGGCAUCACAUACAGAGAUGUAGAGAAUCAGAAGAAUUGGCUCGACCCUUCCAAGGAGCUGAAGAAGCAGAUCAGGACUGGUCCCUGGAACUUCGCUUUCAACGUAAAGUUUUACCCUCCAGACCCCUCCCAGCUGACUGAGGAUAUCACAAGGUACUACCUGUGUCUGCAGCUGAGAGACGAUGUGGUUUCAGGCCGUCUGCCCUGCUCCUUUGCCACCCACACAGUGCUGGGCUCCUACACAGUGCAGUCUGAGCUGGGAGACUACGACCCAGAGGAAUUAGGCAGUGACUACAUCAGCGAACUGCGCUUCGCACCCAACCAGACCAAAGAGCUAGAGGAGAAGGUCAUGGAGCUCCACAAGACCUACAAGGGGAUGACACCAGCCGAAGCAGAGAUUCAUUUCCUGGAAAAUGCCAAGAAGCUGUCCAUGUACGGUGUGGACCUCCACCAUGCUAAGUUGGUAGGGAGUCUCUAUGAAUGCUUGGCUCCAGCUGAGGGAGAGGACUCUGAGGGCGUUGAGAUCAUGUUGGGAGUCUGUGCAAGUGGCCUGCUCAUCUACAGAGACAGAUUGCGAAUCAACAGGUUUGCUUGGCCCAAAAUCCUCAAGAUCUCCUACAAGAGGAACAACUUCUACAUAAAAAUCCGUCCCGGCGAGUUUGAGCAGUUUGAAAGCACAAUUGGUUUCAAGCUUCCAAAUCAUCGCGCUGCCAAAAGGCUCUGGAAGGUCUGUGUCGAGCACCACACCUUCUUCAGGCUUGUAUCCCCCGAGGCACCACCGAAGAAGUUCCUGAGCCUGGGCUCCAAGUUUCGCUACAGCGGCAGAACGCAGGCUCAGACCCGCAGGGCCAGCUCUCAGAUCAUCAGACCUGCUCCGUUCUUCGAACGCUCCACCAGCAAACGCUACAACAUGUCCCGCAGCUUAGAUGGAGCACCCAUUAUGGAGAACCAUGAGACUCUCAUGAAGGACAAUGCCGCUGACGGAGCAGCCAAAGUCAUCGCCAAGGGAGACAUCAUCACCACGGUUACGACGGAGAAGAAAGCAGAGGAAGAGAAGGCGGAGCAGGAGGACGCCAAGAUGGACGCAGUUGAGACGCCAGAACCCGUUGUCACAACACCGCUCAGACAUGACACUAAGUGCUCCCCUCGUGUAUACACAACCGACCCCCACCGCUCUGAGCUCUCACUCCCCUCAUCUCCCGUUUCAUCGACUAAAGUACGGCGGAGGCGCAGGGAGAACACGCGUAAACGGGCCUCGUCAGUCAGUCCAGCCAAGAGCAGCGCUGGGUGCCGCCGCCGGCAAGCCCUCGCCGACCGCAAAGCCGCCCUGUUGGACGAGCAGGUGCUGCUACUCUCGGCCCGCAAGCAGAGGCUGGAGCAGGGCAAGCCCCGCGGCGGCACGCUCUUCUCCUUCUCCCUGCACCUGCCCGACCUGUCCUCCUUCCUGGAUGACGACGGCUACAUCACCUUCCCCGAUCUGUCAGAGAUGCACUUCCUCCCUGAGUGCGCGCAGAACUUCCUGCCCAUUAAAUCACCGUCACUCAUCCCGUGCUUCCUCUUCAUCUUCUUCUUCCUGCUCUCCACUUCCUUCUCCGUCCCUUACGCCCUCACCCUCUCCUUCCCCCUGGCGCUGUGCCUCUGCUACCUGGAGCCCAAGGCAGCCUCCCUGACCGCCUCCAUAGCCCAGGGCUACCAUGACCAUGACAGUUCAGAGGAAGAGGAGACUGACAGCGAACAAACUGACUUUGCCUUUGAUGGAGAGAUGACUGCCACAGAGUCGGAAGCCGACGAGGACUCUGAGAUGCGGACUCAGGACACUACGUCUCCGGCAGAGAUGGUCAAGCACCAGACCAACAUCAGCGAACUGAAGCGCUCCUUCCUGGAGACAGGCGACAGCACGCCGGGCCUGACCGAAUGGGAGAAGAGACUCUCCUCGUCCCCCGCACGCUCACCCAGAGCGGAUGAAGCACCGAUGAUAGAGCCGCUGGAUACUGACGAUGAGCAGCCUGAAGGAGAACAGACAGAAGAAGAGGUGCAACCUAAAGCCACUGAGGCGACAGGAUUUCUGGUGAAAUACGUGGUGGAUAGUAUUGCUACAGAUUUGGCCACCUCCUCAGGGCCGCACGGGAUUAGUCUGUCAACCACUAUGGACGAUGAUGUCUUCAUGGAUGGGACCCUCAGGGAAGUAGAGGAGAAAACUCCAGACUCCCAGGACGAGGUGUCAGAGCGGUCGCUGGUGAAGGUCAGCCCCGGAGCUGUCAGACAGGAAGUGUCCCAGGCCAUCAGUGACAAGAAAGGGACGCUCAUUAUUUUGAAGGAGGCAGAGGAUAGAGAAGACACAGAGAGUGAAGAGACAAAUGCUGUGGGAGAAAAAGAGGAGCCUGAAGUCCCCGGAGAGGCCGAAGCUGAGGAGAAUGAAACGUCUGAAACUACAGAAGACCCUUCUGUUAUUAUAGAAACCAAAACCACAAUAGUCAAGACACCAAGUCUGAAGAUAGAGAUAAAAACUGAUGACGUGACUCAGAUAAAAGGUAUUGACUCGCCUAAAAAGGCCAUGGCAUCAUGGAUUUCUGAGGAGGUGAAGACCGAGGCUUCAGAGGUCAUCACUGUGUCAACAAAAGAAGUGAAAGAGUUGAAGACUUCUGACGCUCUGCAGCAGGAAACAGAAAUCUUCACCUUUAAAGAGGUCCAAAUGGAGCCGUCAAAGUCCAGCCUGACUCAGAUCACAGUGUCAGAAUCUUCAACUACAUCCUUAGAAGUGUCUACGCUGGGAUGGGUUUCUUCCUCUCGAAAGACAUCAGCUGAACCAGAGGAGAAAGCGGUGGUUGCCACGGAGACGGAGGCAGAGCCAGCAAAGUCGACAGGGCCAACGAGUGUUGAUGCCGUCGAGGCAGGUACCAAAGAGACGCCUGUGAUCCACACAGAGACAAAAACUAUCACCUAUGAGUCUGCAGAGGUUGAUACUAAUGGUGACGUAGACCCCGGGGUGUUGCUGAGUGCUCAGACCAUCACCUCGGAAACCACCAGCACCACGACAACCACACACAUCACAAAGACGGUGAAAGGAGGAAUAUCAGAGACAAGAAUCGAGAAAAGGAUCGUCAUCACAGGAGACGCAGACAUCGACCACGAUGAGGCUCUGGCUCAGGCCAUAAAGGAGGCUAAAGAACAGCAUCCUGACAUGUCAGUGACCAAAGUAGUGGUACAUAAAGAGACAGAGAUCACGCCAGAGGAGGGGGAGGACUGACCCAGGAGUAACACUUGAGGGCUGUUUUCUGUUCAACCUCCCAGAAUCCAACAUCCAGAACUCAUAUAUUACUCCGGGGAAUCUCAGAAGACUAGAAAGGCUCCUACUCUCCAAAUGCUGCAGCUCGCCGCUAGUCGCAAAAAACCCAUCACCUGCAAAAACAAAUAAAUGCAUUUUUUGCAUGAGAAGGACGCAAUGUUGCAUUAUCAAAACAAAAAACGGCAAGAUUAUACUGAAAACUGUACGAUUUAAAAAUAGAUAUAUAUGGUUCUCGAUCCCAUCUGCACGCCGAAUCUCUGUGUGCAGCAAGCAGACCUGUUGCUUUCACUGCCUUAUGACUUUGAUGCAUUUUUAUGAUUAUUGAGAAUAAUUAUUGUAGCAACGUUUUUAUUUAUGAAAUAAAGCCAUCACUCCAGAAACUUAAACAUCGCUGUAGGCUGUAUAUGUUAGGGAGCAUACACUAUUUAACCUUGCUGUAGAAGUGCCAACCUCAUUUGCCAGCAAGCAUUGCCUCACCCACUCCCCCACACAACCCGAUGAUUUUUCUCCGUCAGGUAUGCCACUACAGAAAUCACUACAGCCCAGUACUGUACAUAUCCAAAGCUUUCCUAGGAGAAUAACAAAUUAUCUUUCGCAUUGAUUUUUGUUUUUUUUUGUCGUGUCUACUUGAAUUGCAUUUUCCUUUUUAUGAUCAUUUCAGUAUUUUUGUUGUUUCUCGUCAACUGAUUCUACCACUUCAACACUUCUUAGAGGGUCUAUUUUGGCGAAAUUGCCAAUGAAUCAAAAUUUCUGUGCAACAAAUAGGUUUUUGUUUAUUGUUUUGUUUUUUAUGUGCCUGUGCGGGCUUUGAAUGUUUCCCGGGGUAGAUGAUCGGCUGCAGCACAAGUCCCAGGUUCGUGUGACUGUGAGGCAAAGGGCUCAGACUGCCGAGCUCUGCCCAAAUUAGAUGCAAAGCCAAGAGAGAUCUGUCAAGAAAAAAACCCCCACCACCACCACCACCGCCCUGAACAUGUCAACUUGUUGCCUCCCUUCAACUGUAUCUGAAUAACUGAGUAUUGUUCGUGUACAGCCAUGUUUUCCUCAAAACGGUGAAAUAAAAGUGGCAAAUGCAUUUGUUUUAAUUUGCUGUUUUCUUCUCAAAUAAUAAAAUGUUUACCACAGUCCUGAAA